UGAAACCAACCUUGGUCAACAAGCCGGCGGGUCGUCAUUUAUGUUUCCUGUGGAAUUUGACCUCGCCCGUUCCCGAUCAUUAUCGAACACAUAAUAGACCACGCCGGGCCGUUCUGUGUUCUCUUCCCCUCGCCUCUGGCUUUUGCUUUUGCUGGCCGCCGUCGCUCGUUUAUUCGCCUCCAGCCAAGUGCCGCCAUGGUUCGCAAUGUCUUGUUGGCGCCAGCGGCCCUCGUUGGCCUUCUUGCACCCUUCGUUUGCGCCGAUGUCGAGUUUGUAGCGCCAAAAGCCGGUGACCAGUGGGAAGCAGGCGGCGUAGAAGUGAAGUGGAGGGAAUCCGGUGUCGCCCCUGCCCUCACCGAUCUCACAUCCUACGACCUGUUCCUGUGCGCCGGCAGCAACGACGAAUAUGUUGACGUGCUCCACAUCACAGCCGGUGGGCCCGGAAGCUUCCCUACUGGAAAUAAGUAUCCGGCGAGCAUUGGGUCAGGUCUUGGUGCUUCGACUCCACAGAAUGCAUAUUUUUUCAGGAUGACAUCCACUGCUGCCAAAGGCGGAACCGUCACGAACUUCUCCCCUCGAUUUUCCCUUUCAGGAAUGGAAGGCACUUUCCCGCCAAAUAUUGUUGCCGCUCUGAAGGACGUUUCCGGCACUGACGGCCCUGGCCGUAUCGAUAAAACAAGCGAUGGCGGCCCCGCGGCGCCGGGGGGGAACGAAUUUGAGGUGGAAUACACAAUGCAGACGGGCCCUACGCGCUACGCGCCUAUGCAGCCCAUACCGCCGACCAAGAUUACAAAGAAGAAAGCCACACCUCUGCACCCCACCUCCGCCUUCACAAUUGCAACGACAUUCCUAGCGAGACCAACGGUUCAGACGACCAUUACGCAGUCCCAGACGUUUUCCAUCUCGAGCAGAGAGAAUACGGCUGCUCCCGCUCCUAUGCCGACGGAUGACAUGGCCAAGUUUCUUGCGAGGUGGAAGGAUUGAUCCCCAAUACUCGACCAUGACCUUUCCUUGGUUCCCUCAUUUGCGCCGGUUGAUUUCCCUGGACACGGAUGUUUGGGGUUCUCAGGUAGUGAGUGGUACUCGAUCGGUGGCGGCGUUUAAAGGGCGAGCUUCUUGGUCUGGUGGAACGGAGCAUCAAAGAGUCAUUUACCGCACAUCUGUCAAAGCACACAUCCGCCCCGGCCUUCGGCAUCAUGGAUAUGAGAAGCUCCCUUAGCCAUGCCCCUGGCCAUAGAUCCUCUUCUUGGACCGCGGCUACCCGCCGCGAACACCAAUCUAUCCCGCCCCCACCACCACCUACCCCAC